CCGCCUGCUUCUCAGCGGAGGGGAGUCGUUAGCUCGCCGCAGUCCGCCUCCACACUCGGGGGAAAGCGGGAGAGAAGACACGCAGCAGCGCCGAAGUCGUGCGGCGACUACUGGAAAUACUACAGAAACCUAUUUUGUCUUUGGGUGCAACCUGUAACUUGCUCGGAUACUUGCGGGAUCUGUGAGGCUCUCCUGUAGCCAUGGGGGACGUGGUUUCCUCUCACCUGGAUGAGAGCAGACGGGAGAUGAUAACAGCUCGAACCAGAGAUGUGAUGAAGGAGUUCAGUGAUGCGUUCGAGCAGCAGUACUCAGUCGCUCUCUUUAACAGAGUUCGCUUUGAGAUAGAAGGAGGAGGAGGAACGCAGUCACAACUGCUUCACAGAAAGGACCCUCUGGCAGGCCGGUCCAUCUUUUCAGGGAGUUUGUUUCAGUAUCUGGAGGAGAAUCGGAAGUGGAGGAGUCGCUUUGUGUCUGUACCAAACAGCUACACCAUCAGCCUCUAUGAGAGCAAGACAGCACACGAACGAGGCCUCCACCCAAAAGUAACCAUCAACUGUGCUGGGUACAGGGCCCUCACCUCCAUGGAGGAAUACAUUGAGCUAAUAAAUAACAGCCUGCCAGGUAUCAAGGCCAAAGCGGGCAGUGCUCCGUUUAUCAAGUGUGCGUCCCAGUUCCCUCUCAUCCUGUGGCACCCGUACGCCCGCCACCAAUACUUCUGUGUGAUGACAGAGAAGGAGCAGAAAAAGUGGCACGCAGUGCUGCAGGACUGUGUCAGACACUGUAACAAUGGUUUGUCAGAGGACUGCACAGUUCAGACGCCAGCCUUCACGGACGCUGUGAGACUUCACAGACAAGCCAAGGGACACUACGGGACCUGGGAUAUGAUGUGCGGGACACCCCCACAGAUUCUGGCUAAUCUGGUGAUGGAGACCCUUCAUCCAGAGCUGCGAAGCGUGAUUGGUCCUCGUCUGAAGGGGAAGCUGCAGCAGAGGCAGAGGGAUUGGAUGUUGAUCUCUGAUGCUGUGUACAGGCAGGUGCUGUCUCAGACCACCGGUCAGUAUGAUGCACUGGUCGACGGCUGUGAGGCCCAGAGAGCUCCACUGGACGCCAGACUGCGAACCGACAUGGACCAGAUCAUCACGUCUAAGGAACACGUCAGCAGCAAGAUACGAGCUCUAGUGUUGCCCAAGGCGGAGCAGCUCCUGCAGGCCAGCGUCCAGCCCUACAUCAGCUCCAUCCUGGAGGCCCUGAUGGAGCCCACCAGCCGAGGCUUCUCCGAGGUCCGGGACGUUUUCUUCAAGGAGAUGGUGGACAUCAGCAAGAACUCGCUCAACGGAGCGGGCAAAGACAAACUGGGAGACCACAUGGAGAGGCUGUCCAUGCUCGCCUUCCACCCGGUGAAGAUGCAGAGCUGCUAUGAGAAGGUGGAGCAGCUCAAUCUGGAGGGGCUGCAGCAGAGGUUUGACGUGGCCAGCCCCUCGGUGUUUGUCAACAGGGCUCAGAUCCUCAUGAGGGAGCAAAUGGACAAUGCAGUGUACACAUUCGAGCAGCUGCUGCAGCAGUCUUUAGAGACCCAGGGAGAAGACGACAUGUGCAAGACCAUGCAGCGAUGCCAGGACAGGGUCCUCAAGAAAUAUGAUUAUGACAGUAGCACCGUGCGUAAGAAGUUCUUCAGAGAGAGUCUCCUGCAGAUCAUCAUCCCCUACAUGCUGCAGCAGCUCUCGCCAUCCUGCUCACCUGAGCUGCCCCGUUUCGAAGAGCUCAUCUUUGAGGACUUCUCCCGUUUCCUGCUGGUGGAAAACAUGUUCGAGGAGGUGGUGCUGCACUCUGUCUCCAGGGACAUAAUGAUGGCUGUGAAGGAGGCAGCUCUCCAAAAGAGACACAAUCUGUACAGGGACAGCAUGAUCCUGACCAACAGCGACCCCAACCUGCACCUGCUCGGAGAAAACCCUCAGGUGGAUUGGGCUACUAAAUUUGGCGUCGACGAGCCAGAGGGCUCUGUCGGUGGGGGCAGAGUUGAAGGAGGGGGUUCUGGGAGCAGACGCAGGCAGGUGGUGUCCAUGAUCCAGCUGGACGGGGUGCCUUUGCCAUUCGAGUCCUGCCUGGAGGUCCCAGGCGUGGAGCUUAUCCCCGAGGAGGAUGCCGAGAUGUUUGAGGGCAACGAGGAGGAGCGAGGCCCGCCUGGGGAACCCAAGUCUCCUGACAGCGUGGAUGGAAUCAGAGACCUGAUUAAUCCAGUGGUGGAGAUGGUGAUUCCAGUGUCCCAGGAGAGCCAGAGGACGGAGCCCACCAGAGGCACCGUCACCAUGCAGGAUGGGCUGCAGGAGCACGUGACACACGUCACCACCGUGGUGGAGGACUUCCCCAGGAAAUCUCUGCGAGACAAGACGUCACCGCAGACAAUUCUGCAGCAGCUAGGAGGAAGCAGGAAGCAGGAAACCGAUAAGGAGCAUCAGGAGGAAGCAGCCAUCAAGGACGCCAUCGAGGAAAUAGAGAUAGCGGUGCAGGAAGACGAGGGGGAACGGAUUGCUGAGGUCUCCACAGCGGAUUUGGAUUACGAGUCGUCACUGAAGCCACUCCUGGCUUCAGACUUUAGCUCGCAAAACGACAGUGGCUUCCAGUCACAGACCAACGAGGGGCUGGAUGAAGAUGAGCCGCAGCCAAUCACAAACGGUCUGAACGGAGAGGACAAAGUUAUCGACCCGGUGGAAGUGGAAGUGGUGUUAGCGUAGGAAGACAAUCCUCUGGACAGAACUCUGAAAGUGGAGAAAGCCUUGGAGAGAAAGCAGCAGAGCGCAUCACAUGUAACGGGAGAGAAGUGGGAAGAAUUAGGCGUGUAUUUAAAGGUUUAAUUCAAAGAUUAUCGCCGUUGACAACGCAGACUCCAAAACCAACUCUCCCGUCCGUCCCACAGCUGACUUCUUUGGUGACUGGGUCCUUUCUAUCCAGCGUAGUGAAUCUCAAUGAAAAGUGUAUUCGUAUUUUGUGUAUAACUCUGAUUUAACCCUUGUGUUGUCUUCCCCUCAAAAUUGAAAAAACACUUUCUCAUGUUUUUGUCCCUUUUUUCAACACUUUUGACGCUUUUUUGAACGUUUGUCACUUUCUUUGACGUUUUCAACACUACGUAACACUAACUUAUUAACUUUUGUUUUACAGUUUUGGAAUUUAUGGUCAAACCUCAGUUAUAGGAAAUUAUACCUAAUGUUUGAGCUAAAUAAGCAGAAAUUAGCAAUUAUUUAGACUAAAAUUAAAGAAACGGAUGUUCAGACAGGAACAUGUCAACCUUUACUCAAUACUAUUUCACAACCACUUCAAUUGUUUUUUCAAAUGCUAUAAAAUUGAAUAAGACACCCCAAAAUGAAUGAAAGAAGAGAUUUGUACUUGCCAAAGAGAGUUGAAUCAAUCAUGUUGUUUUGGGUAAUUUCAAUUGGGUAGUUAAAAAGAUCACUGAUAUAUGAAAACGGGUCAAUUUGACCCGAGGACAACAUGAGGGAUAAACACAUCUGCUCCUUUAUAUUACGCUAUGUUAACAGGCUGAAGGUCCCUCCCAGGGAUCAGGGAUUUUAAAGUGAUAAUCCACUUUUUAAACCUUACAAAAUAAGGGAGGACUACUAAAUUAUUCAUGUUUUGUUACAUUUUUUCCCUUUGUAUUGCUUUAAUGAGACACAGCCUCUACCUGGGCAGCAGGGGGUGCUACGAGCAACAUUUAGAUGGUGUAAGGGGAUUUGUAUGUGUAUUUUAAUUUCUGAAAUACCUAUUUUUAUGAUUUGUAUUUUUUUUUUUUUAAUGCAGUUUGUUUACUUUGAAGAUUUUCCUGUAUUCGCAAAUGGCCUUUAUGUUUCAACACUAGAUAUUUAGGACAAUCUGUCAGGAAUGGUUUGCACUUCCACUGUCAUUUGAUAAGAGGUUUUAUAACAAAACAACCAAACUUAUGUUUUUCUUGUCCCUUUGCUCGUGGGUGUAGAUGACCAAGAUACAGUAAGUAAUGGCUCUUUGUGAUUACGCGAAAGACUCUUAAUGUCGACUUCUGUUUCCCAAAUAUCACUUAUGUUUUACAACUUCAUGGUAACUGCAUUGAGUCAAACGUGGCAAUUUUCUAUUUGACAAUCUUUAACUUAAUUCAAAUUUUGGGUGAAACUUUUAUUUUUUUUUAUUCAUGUCAUGGCUUUUAUAAGAGUUUUAUUUCCUGUUAAAAACAAAAGUAUAGUAUAGAAUAACAUCACUGAGGUGCACGGUAAAUAUGGACAUUUUUAAUAGCGCUUUACAGAAUUUCCUGAUAAGUUUCCUGGAAAUAACUGUUGAAUUUGGUACUAUGCAUAGGGAUAUUAGAUACAAAGAUUUUACAUAUAUGUUGAAUAUAGCUGACAAACCUUACAUAACUGGAAAUAAAUGGAGAAACCUCAGUAAAAGCAACAGAGGAGGGAAAGUGUUGUAUGUACAGAGUACAUAAAAGGUACUAGAAGUGGAUAUGAGAUAAAUAAAGGACAAAAAUAACA